AUGCGAGGCGGGCGGCGGCUGCCACAGCGGCGGGCCGUCGGGGCCCCGGCGCAGCCAGCCGUGCACACGCACCAGGUCCCGAGUGUCCUGGUGCUCACGCCGCAGCUGCUCGCGCUGCUCCAGCAGCUGGCGCCGCAUGUGGUGCAGCCCCUGAGCCCAGCGAAGCAGCCGCAGCAGCUCCUGCCGCAGGCGCCCGUUGUCCGCCCUGAUGGCCUGCGUGUGCGCGAUGAGUGCCCGGGCCGCCUCCCGCUCGGCGCGUCGCGCCAGGGACUGCACCCGCUGACGCGCCUCGCGCUCGAAGGCCGCCUUGUCCUCCAGGAAACGCCUUUUCACGCGGCGAAGCAGCUGCGUGUGCUCCACGCGCAUGUGCAGCAGCUCGCGCUCCAGAGCCCGGAUGCGGGCCAACUGCUCCAGCUGCAGCUCCUGCAGCGGGGGCGGGGGCGCGGGUCAGAGCGGGGGCGGCGCGCGCCCACCUCGCCCUCGGGGCACGGCCGGGGCGCCACUGGCCUUGUAGGGCUGCAGCUCCUGCACCUGCCGCGCCAUCUGCGCCGCGCGCGCCUCCCUCUCCAGCAGCUGCGUGCGCACGCCGUCCUCGCGGCCGCGGAAGAGCGAGGUCAGCUCCGCCCGCUGCCACUGGAGCUGCCUCAGGUCCGCGCGGUGCUGCUCGUCCAGUCGCACCACUGCGCGGGGGCAGCGGCGGCCGCGCGCGCUCGCGGAGCUGGCGUGGAGCCGGUUCUCCUCGCGCAGGCGCAGCGCCUCGGCGUCCAGGAAGGCGUUGUCCCGCAGCACCUGGUCCACGCGCGCCUGGCAGGCGCCCAGCUCCUCCGAGAGCCGCGUGUCCUCGCGCUGCAGCGCAUCCCCCGGGCAACGGCCACCCCCUCCCGUCUCCCUCCGGCCCCGCCCGCGUGUGUGCCCCGCGGGGGUCCCGCCAGCCCGCAGGAUUGUGGCUCCCGACGAGGACGCUGGACCGGCCCCGGCCCCGGAGCCCACGGCCGCCAGGGGACACUCCUUUCGUCGCUCCCGGAGUCUGGCCGCCAGGGGACACUCCUUUCGUCGCUCCCGCGUGCUAGAGGGUGCCCCAGUUCCUGGGCCGCAGCCGUGAGCAAGCCUCCCCCGGGGAAGGUCCCCGGUCCUACCAGGACAGAGCACCGCACAACCCCUCAUCUCUGGGAUUCUUUCCACUCCUGGAGGCCCCUGAAGGUUGCAUCCAUUCGGAUGCCGUCACUUGUCCACUGCCUCUCUGUCUGGGGUUCCCUCUGGGUUCCUGAGCCCACACGUGAGCGCCUGCUGUCUCAUCCCACUGACCAGCCCCGGGUCAGCUUCCAGGGGUGCCAGCGCCGGGCAGGUCCCGCCUCACCCCCGGCCGGGUGCUCUGAAAGACCUGCGUCUCUACCACCUUUGACCGGCAACUUGAAGCCACACCUGCUUGGGGCCUGUCAUCACAUAGUUCCUCUCCUGUGCAGUUUUCUCAGGACUCGCAUCUUCCCAGUUCUGCAGUCUAGACGCGACAGCCGCGUGGGAAGCCCUGCCCAGCGCGCCAUCCACUCCCUGCCCGCCUCUGCCCCCCUGCCUCCCCCCCCCCAUCGUGACCUGCACGGAUCAGGGGAAGCAGGGACCCUGUUUCACCUCUUCUCAGGAAUGCUGAGCUGGAAAGACACUAGGAGGAAGGGGGUACCUCGGAGCCGGUGCCAGACCCACACCAGGUUCGCAGUCAGCCCCAGGUGGAAUGCCCAGAUCCAGGCCACGACGUGCGUCAGCUCCCAGAGCCACGGCUGCCACUGGAGGAAGCGCUCCGCCCUCCCUGACACACGGUGCCGUGAGGGCCCAGCGCUGCCACCGCUGCUCUUGCUCGGGCUGACAGGCGGGAGCCAGCAGGAGCCCCUGGGGGCCUAUGGCAUUGUGUGGAAGGCGGUGGAUAGGAAGACUGGAGAGGUCGUGGCCAUCAAGAAAAUCUUCGAUGCCUUUAGAGACAAGACAGAUGCCCAGAGAACAUUCCGGGAAAUCACGCUGCUCCAGGAACUUGGGGACCAUCCCAACAUCAUCCGCCUCCUGGACGUGAUCCGGGCGGAGAAUGACAGGGACAUUUACCUGGUGUUUGAGUCUAUGGACACUGACCUGAACGCCGUCAUCUGUAAGGGCAGGCUGCUGAGGGACGUCCACAAGCGCUACAUCUUCUACCAGCUUCUGCGGGCCACCAAGUACAUCCACUCGGGACGCGUCAUCCACCGGGACCAGAAGCCGUCCAACAUCCUCCUGGACUCCAGCUGCGUGGUGAAGCUCUGCGACUUUGGGCUUGCGCGCCCCCUCAGCGGCCUCCCUGAGGAGCCUGCAGGCCAGGCCCUGACAGAUUAUGUGGCCACGCGCUGGUACCGGGCUCCAGAGGUGCUGCUGUCCUCGAGCUGGUACACCCCUGGGGUGGACAUGUGGAGUCUGGGCUGCAUCCUGGGGGAGAUGCUUCGGGGAAGGCCCCUGUUCCCUGGCACAUCCACACUCCACCAGCUGGAGCUGAUCCUGGAAACCAUCCCUCCACCAUCCAAGGAGGAUCUCCUGGCUCUUGGCUCAAGCUACACUGCCUCCAUCCUGCCCUGCCUGGGGGCCCGGCCGCAGCACACGCUGGACACCCUCCUGCCGCCCGACACGCCCCCGGAGGCCUUGGAUCUCCUCGGGAGACUCCUGGUGUUUGCCCCCGACAAGCGGCUUAGCGCAGCCCAGGCCCUGCAGCACCCCUACGUGCGAAGGUUCCACUGCCCAGCCCGUGAGUGGACACUGGACUCGGCCGUGCGGCUCCCAGUGCUCGAGGGAGUUCAGCUCUCCGCCCCCGAGUAUCGCAGGCGUGUCUAUCAGAUGAUCCUGGAGCGCAGGGGUGACGGCCGCGUCCCCGGAGAGAAGGGCCUGGGGGUACCCCCCGGGGGGCAGAGCCCAGUGGGCCCCGGGCGCACCUGCUCAAACCCAGGGCCAUCCGUCAGCUGUCUCCGGGAUCCCCUGCACAGAAGCCGGGACGCAGACCUCAGAGCGGCCCGGGUCGCCAGGGCGUCCACGGUGUGUGACCCCUCACGGCCCCUGGCCCUGCUGGGUGGAGCCACCAACGACCACAGCGCCCGGCUAACCCCGGGGGUUGACCUUCAGGCCCCACAGACGAAGCCUGCGGAGCCAAGAACCUUCCCCGGCAGAGCUCGGUCCCCCUGCUGCAGCCUCCGCCGCCAGGAGGUCCCGGGAGAGGGGACAGGCCCCCCGGGGCGGCGGGGGCGGCGGCGGCCCCCUCGGCGCCUUCGUGGGUCCCGCGCGCGCUUCCCGCGGAUGCCUCGCGCGAGCCCCGGCCGGGCCGGAGGAUGUUCAGCGCCUCGGCCUCGCAGGGCGCUCAGGGUGCGGCCAGGGCGGCGCUCGGGGGCUACUCUCAAGCCUACGGGACCGUCUGCCGCUCGGCGCUGGGCCGCCUGCCUCUGCUCCCCGGGGCCCGCGCCUAGGCCGCCCCUCCAGCUCCCACCCGGCUCUUCUGCGCAGCCCCGGAUUGCCCCUAGGUCCCGGUGCUCCCCGCCCCCCCUUUUGCCUGGCCGCAUUCUUAGGAUCCCUGGAGCUUGUCCGGGCCUCCUGGGGGGGAGUUGAGCUUCCCACCCAUCCCCAGUCGCUCCCUCCAAUAAAGUCUGAUCCAUCCCCAGCCUGCCUGCCUAGCUUCUCUUCUCAGUGAGGGACUCGCUCUGAGGCCACACCGCCCCUUUCCUGGAGCCCACCCCCUUCCGAGGACCCCCGUCCAGUGCAGAGCCCAUGAGAAGCUCCGAGGGCACCUUCUGCUGCCGCUGUGUGGCUCUUGCCUGCCUAAUGCCCUGUGCUUUCUCUCUGAGCCCUUGGCACCAGAGACUGGCCUGGGGUCCCCCUUGGGGCCAGCUUCCUGUCCUCUUUGCACAAAUGCCAGAGGUUGGCCUGGUGCCAGAGCACCAUCAGAGGGACAGGGCUGUCCCCGGGGUGCACCUGUUGCCUCGGUGCAUGCCAUCACGUGACAGCAUUUGCAACCCUGGCCCAGAGUAAGGGUGGAAGAGAUUACAGGGCAGGGCCCUUGGGCACAGCCCCUGAGUGUGGUCAUGGUGCUCUUCGCAGAGCUCCACUGUCACCAAGUGACUGGCAGCUGGUUUGUCCAGGGGGUGGGCCCAGGGGGUGGGAGCCAGAGAUGCAAGGGGCCUAGUGCACACCAAACUGUCUCCUGGUUCCAGGACUGCUUCCACUUCACCUGACCGGGGCAGGGGCUGGAACACAGGCGGAGUCACGGUCUAAAGGGUGUGGCCUGUGCCUGGGUGGGGGCUGGGCAGCUGGGAGCCCCAGCUCCACUCACCUGUGAAAGCUGCUGCUCCCUGCUGCUGCGGGAGGCACAGGUGGGAAGGGCAGGGACAGCUGGCCAGAGGGUGCGCCUGGACCACGCGGCUACAAGCACAACAGGACUCCGGGGGAGGCCAAGAAAAGAGGCCAGGCCAUAUGGCCCAGGCUUGGCUUGGAGACAACUGGGCUGCCGGGGGUCAGGUGAUGGACAGGGCGCCGAAUGAGUGUGAAGGAAUGUCCCAGCCCAGCAAAGCGGAGGGAGGGGGCCCCCCCAGAGCCAGCCUUGGGAAUCGGGGCCAGGAGGGGGGGAGGGGCACCCUGUGGUGGGGAGGAGCCGGGGAAGGUGGGAGCUGUCUGCUGGGCUUGGUGAGCAGCAGCCCCCAGGGGAGACACCAGGUAUGUCUACACAGAGGGCUGGUGCCAGUUGGAGAGUCGUGGACUCGGGCUGUGAAAGGGAGCUGGUCGUGGGAAGGGGCUGAGGUGGAAGGAGUCUCUGGGUUAGACUGGCUGGAGGAGUUGGCAGGACAGAUGUGUGUGUGUGUGUGUGUGUGUGUGUGUGUGUGUGUGUGGGGAG